UUGCAGAUUGCCUCAAAUUCCGACUUUCUUAGCUCCACUGAGCCGCCUCGCGACUCGCUCUCUGACCAUGAAGUCCAACCACCCACGCCCCACUGUCGACCCGGAGACCUGAUGGACAGACAAUCUCUGCGAUUGUCUCAGGCCUCCUCCGGCCUCGUAAAGCCCGCCGACGAAUCGGCAAAGCCCCAUGAAGGUCUUCCUCGUGCUCUACACAUCGCUGCCGACGUUCAUCUGCAGCCUGGUCUCUCGCCACGUCACGAUUGGCACCUACAGUCGGUCCAGCAACAACAACCUUCUCAGCCUCACCUGCACACUCAGACCAACCCUUCGUUUCGGCCUCAACACCAGCACCAACCGCGUCCGGUGCAUCAAUCACAGCAUCUGGCACUCUCGUCUUCAAUACCUCAUGCGUCUUCGUUCGCCUCCUCUCCCUGCUCCUUUGGUCCCACUGUCUCUCUACCUCCUCACAUGCAUGCUGCUCCUGCUCCGCUCUUUCCUUCCCAUCCUUCUUCACCCUCUCCUUCUCCUCCCUCUUGCCCACCGUCUAUUCCUCAUCCACCCCCUCCUUCUCCCCCACCUCCCCCACCUCGACAGACUCCGCCCCUUACAUCACUAGUCGCCGGAUCCUCUUACCCUUAUUUGGGCACGAUGGAUCGACAAAAAUCUUCACUUUCUCACGCAAGCGACCAGCAAACAAAUUAG